AUGGUGGAAUCUUCUGACGAGCCGAGCUUAUUAGAUCGUAUCAGGUCUUUUCCCCGCAAAGCGUAUGCCUCGGACGACCCGUUUGGAGCAGACCAUAAGCCUCCUGCCAUCCCCUUAACCAACCCAUCUGCCCAUAGUGAUGCAGAUGUACCCACUCGACCCCCAUCCUCAGGGGUCCGUUCAGACCAUCACAAAGCCUCCGCGAAUACCACAAGCAAUCAUGUGGCCGACAAGACCUCGUCAGCGUUGCCACCAGCAGCUCCUCCUCCGCUUGACGCCGAACAUGGAGAGGCAUCUUCCUCCAUAGAGCCAGAAGAAAAACCCAAUAUCCUGAUUCGCUUCUACGAAGCCUGUAAAGAAAUAUUCCUCUCGAGUUGGCUCAACAUCCUUCUGGUAUUUGUCCCCGUGGGCAUAGCUGUUCAGGCAGCUGGUGUAAAUAAGACCAUCGUCUUUGCAAUCAACGCUAUUGCCAUCAUACCACUUGCUGGCCUACUGAGUCAUGCCACGGAAAGCGUUGCUAGCGACUUGGGUGACACCAUUGGAGCCCUGAUGAACAUUACCUUCGGCAAUGCGGUAGAGCUCAUCAUUUUACUGACCUUUGCAAAGGAUGAAAUCCAGAUUGUCCAAGCCUCACUUCUGGGAUCGAUCCUCGCCAACCUCCUGCUCAUCCUUGGCAUGUGCUUCUUGUUUGGUGGGCUUCGCUUCCGUGAACAGAUUUACAACAGCACUGUCACGCAAAUGAGCGCAUGUCUACUCUCCUUGAGCGUCAUGAGCCUACUUUUGCCGACUGCUUUCCAUGCUUCGUUCACUGAUAACACGACCGCGGACAAGGCGGUAUUGCAAAUCAGCAGAGGUACAAGUAUUAUUCUACUUCUGGUGUAUGUGUUAUACCUGCUUUUUCAAAUGAAAUCGCACGCGUACAUGUACCAAAGUACACCACAGCAUGUAAUCGACGAAGAGUCUUAUCCUGGCGUUCUGGCCGAAAUACUGGGGUCUUCUAGUUCAUCAGACACUUCAAGCUCGUCCAGUGGUAGCGACACCGAUGGAUCUUCGGGAUCGAACACGACCGCCAAGCGCAUUAAAAGAGUUCUGAGAGGCCGGAGACGCCGUAAAUCCAGUGUAAGCUCAAAGGACACGCCUUCCGUACCUUCAACCUUGCGUACACCGUCAGCCUCCACAUUUGCACACAACGUCGAACAAAACGAUAUAGCUCUCGCAGACCUUCGGACUGAUCACCCUGCUCUACCCUCACCUGGGUUGGGCGGCAUUACCAGUGGUGACGAAGCUGAUACUGACGGUGAGCAUGACGUCGUCUCCGCCGCUACAAGGGAAACUACGAUCAACUUCCGGGAUUUUGAGAAUGAGAAAGGAGGUCCUGGUAGCAAAUCACCCGAAACCAAGCCAAAGAAGAAAUCGAAAAAGAGGUAUCGAAAAUCGGGCAACAAGGAUGAGAAGGAGAUAGAUGCAUCCGAGAAGGCUGCAUCUUUGAGACCAUCGGACGCUAAUAGGGCAGUCACUCCUCAUGUUGGGUUUGCACAGGACAUUCAAAGUCAACCCGAAAGCUCGCCAAAGCGUCCCUUCAACAUACGUGGUCUCUCUGUUCGCGACGUAGUGCCGGCAAUGCCAGCAAUGCCCAAGAUGUUGUCGAGCACCGUCUUUUCGACCGCGAACCCAACGGGUCUCGCACCAAGCGGAGCUCCAGCUAUUAAUAUCACUCCUCGGGCGCUGCACCGGUCGAAUUCUCUCCCCAGUCGCCUCAAUCAAGUCCAAGCAGCACGCCAGGCCCAGACGGUACCGCCACUGCAACCUCAACCCUACGUGCUCCCAGUCAACUCAACGCAUUCCGUUGAUAGCAAAGAGGCUGUUCCGCCAAAAAAAUACAUGUCUCGUACCUCAGCCAUAAUCCUGCUUCUCGUGUCGACCGGACUCGUUGCCGUUUGCGCUGAAUUUCUGGUGGCAAGUAUCAAUUAUCUCGUCGACAAUACAAGCGUCUCGGAAGCUUUUGUGGGUCUCAUCAUCCUACCCAUAGUUGGCAAUGCUGCCGAGCACGUCACGGCUGUCACUGUCGCUAGCAAGAACAAGAUGGACCUUGCCAUUGGUGUUGCUGUGGGGAGCAGCAUUCAGAUCGCACUGUUUGUGACGCCGGUGAUUGUGCUGCUUGGCUGGAUCUUAGACAAAGACAUGAGUCUCUACUUCUCGCUGUUUGAAACGAUCAGCUUGUUUGUGAGCGCAUUCAUAGUAAAUUUCUUAGUGCUAGACGGGCGGAGCAACUAUCUGGAAGGGGCGUUACUGAUUGCAGCCUAUGUGAUCAUUGCGCUGGCGGCAUUCUUCUACCCGGACUCGGAUGAGCAAAGUACGAUUGGUGGCGCAGAUGGGGUGGGAAAGUCGCUCAGAAUGCUUUGA